AUGAAGUUAUUAGUUUGUUGUUUAAUUAUUAUUGCUAACGUGAGCAACAAUGGCAAAGCGUCAAUCGAGAAUAUUGUGCCGUCGAACACAAAUAUUCUUUUACCUGACACAACAAAAUCUUCAGACAAGUCGUGCUACCGGCCUUGCAAGUUCAACGUGAAACCUAGGCGAUGUCAAUAUAAUUUCAAAAUAGAACCAACAUUGGAAGAUGACGGAAGGCCAGCCAUUGUUGUUAAUGGAAUGACUCCUGGGCCCUCGAUACAUGUUUGCCUGAACGACAUAGUUGUUGUCAAAGUACAUAAUAAAGUCCCUGGCCAAGAUUUGACUUUGCAUUGGCACGGAAUAGAUCAGAAAGGGACUCCGUACAUGGAUGGCGUGCCAAUGGUGACCCAGUGUCCUAUUGGCUUUGGUUCCAUAUUUCAGUAUGCAUUCGUUGCAUCAUCACCAGGGACGUUAUUUUAUCACGCAGAUUCAGUGAACCAUCACAGCGAUGGUGUUUACGGUUCUCUUAUCGUGGAUCAGCCUCAACCCUUGGAACCACAUGCGUCAUUAUACGAUUUCGACAAAAGCAAAGAAAACACUCUAACAAUAGGCGCGAGGUUUUCUGCACUGCUGACGGGAAACUCAGUGAAAAACAUGAAACCGGAUUCACUCGUAAUAAAUGGGAAAGGGAAGAGUUCUAAAAUAUUUGUUAUACCGGGCUAUCACUACAGGCUGAGAUUGAUCAACGCCAUUGCGGUUCAAUGCCCUUUGAUUAUUGACAUAGACCAGCACAGCGUGAUCGCAAUAGCAAGUGACGGUAAACCAGUAAAGCCAGUGUCAACCAAUAGCGUGUUGCUAUAUCCAGGUGAACGAAUGGACGUAAUUGUGGAGGCGGCUCGUGAGGGCGGCGGCUAUUGGUUGAACGUCCGUGGAUUUGAUGCAUGUGAAGGACUGAGUUGUCACGGCAUGCUAAUUUAUUCCGGCUUCAAUUAUACUUCCUUGUUAGAACAGGACCCAACACUGAGCAGCGCUGUAGUAACAAAUAUUGAAAGCGUACUUCAUGGUCAAAAAAUGUUGUCACUUCGGGAUCAAAGCCCAGUCAAGGACGUUAAAACCACAUAUUUAGGUAUCGAUCGCAAUGUUAUUGCAUUCAAAGACGCUGAUAACGAUUAUCGGUAUUUGAGCGACGUUGUUCCAAAGAAAAAUUACUAUCCCGCCGCUUUAUCAAUACAGGAUAUUGGUGUCGUGCAAAUUAAUAACAAAAAUUUCCUCUAUCCAAAUGAAAUGUAUCUUCUUAAAUCGCGUUUUGGCAGUAAUGAUUCGUACUCGUUUCAUAUGCAUGGCUAUUCCGUAGAAGUUGUCGCUACAGGGAAAACAGCAGAUGGAAAGCCAAUUUCAAAAAAAGAAUUUCAAAUACUCGAUCGAAAGGGUGGAAUAGAGAGAAAUCUAAGAAAUCCACCCUUGAAGGACACAUUUGUCGUACCGAAUAAAGGCUAUACGAUAGUGAGGUUAAAGCCAGAUCGCGGUGGGAGCUGGAUGCUAGAAUGCAGAGCCUGCAGUUCCUUCUCGUUACCUGUAGCCAUUCUCAUCGACGUGCCUCUAUCGAUUCCAAAAGCAGUCGUUCAAGCGUUACCAAAAUGCGGUAGUUAUAAGCCCGCUGAUGUUCUUUUAAAU